CCCGUGCCAAGUCACUGCCGCGCUCUAUAUAACUGUUUGCCUCCAUCUUUCAUCCAAUAGCAUCCUGUCUUUGGAACUCUUUACCACUCUGUCUUCGCUGACUCAACUUCCAACUAUUCAAAAACCGAGUUUUCAUCACUCGCCAUCCACUUUGAGAUGAAACAAGGGAGCUAGUAGAACAGUACACUGCAAUCUCAUUCUUGGCCAAUGUCGCUUCGUGACUCAGCCCAUUAUGAAGCGGAUGAAGUCCGAUCUUUCCUAACUGGUAUUUUCAUUGUUCUACUGCUACUCACGGUAAUACUGGAAUGUAAAACCGCCCCUUGCCUGAGUUCCCCAGGUGAGUCUAUUUCAAUCUUACAUUCAAUUUCCUCCACUAGAAACCUUAAAUUGGAGUCGAAGUCUGUAUUUAGGCAACAAACCUUUCUCACUGAAGCUGGCAACCACCGAUGAUCCAGUGCAUCGACUAGUCAACUACAUUUUUGAGAUCCUUGCCCGUGAACGUUUGGGCUAUAGAGACGUUUCUUUUGUUUAUUUGGAAACCGACGAUACUGACACUGAUGAUACCAUACGCCGAGCAAUAGAUCAGCUCAGGUGCAGUGACGAAAGCUGCAGUACUGUGCCCAAUGUACAUUUGAACUUAUUACUCUGGAUGCCCGGUGGUAUUGACGUCAACAAUUGGGCGCCACCUUCGAGUAUCAGUGACCAUGGUCCUCUGGGUCCCACACGUCAGUGGGAAUUUAGAACACAAGCUGAGGUAAGUACGCAUACAUGUUGUGAAUUCCUUGUGUUUGAGCUUGGUCAACCUGGUAGUAUCCCAGCCCUCGUGCCUCCUUCGUUUGGCAUGGCAAUUAGGCGCCGAAAGGGUGCUGCAGCUGAACGAUCGAUCGAUCGCUACUAA